UAUUUUCAAUUUUUAUUUUUAUUUUUCUUUUUCAUUUUUUUUUUCUUCCUCCUCCUCCUCUUUCUCCUCGCCUGUGCUUCGUUUCCUGAUAUUUUCUACUGCAAAUUGAAACCCAGCAUAUGUUAUGUAUUUUUUUGUUACUUUGUGAAGUUUAACGGGUUUUCUAAGUUCCUCACAUGGCUUUCUUCACAAGUCCGGUUAAUGUAUAGGGUGUGCUUCGGAUUUAUGACACGUUUUUUGAUUUGAAGUUGGAUUUAGAUAUUAGUCUAGCUAGCAGAAAUGGAAGACAAGAUCGCGAAGGUAUUGGGUAGCCAGAGAGUUGCACUUGCCUUAAAAAGGAAGCGAGCUGCACAUUCAAUGGAACCUGUCUGCAUGUCGCGCCAGUGGUCUACUGUGACUCCAUUAAAUAUGGUGGGAAAGAGACGGAAACUAGGGGGAUGCAGUAGCAUGUUUGCAAACUCUGAAACUCGUUUUAGUUCCUUGUACAGAGGUUAUUCAAAUUUCAUGAAAAGUGGGAUACCAAAACACAUAAUGUUCUAUGAUAAUGGUGAGUGGAUUAAUUUUCCCCGUGGUCUUCUUGAUUUGGUUGUGGAAGAUCUGCAGGUAAAGAAAGCAUCUUUAGAAAUUGAGUUUAAUGGACAGCACUGUGUGCUAGACUUUUUGCAUAUGUUAUUCUUGGACUUGGAUACAGGGUUGCAGCAACCUCUUGCAUGGAUUGACGCAGCAGGGAGCUGCUUCUUUCCUGAGAUUUAUGCUGCAGACAACAGUGAAUGCUGUCAUUCUAAUAAUAUAGGAAAUAAAGUACCACAAGUUGAAGAAGCUCAUGGAUCUGAUGUAAUCAAGUUGCAGGUAGAAAUUGAAAUAAGUGGAGUUGACCAGUCGAGUUUGAAGGUGUGUAGUGGGGGGUCGAAUGAUUACAUCAAUCAAUCCCAAACAGAUGAAAAACCUGCUUAUGGUCGUGAUAUGGAAGAAGUUGAGGAUAGUUGUGGUAGGAUACCGAUACCUAUUGGACAAGCAUAUGAGAUUGUUCCAAAGUUUCAACAGUUGGAUGCAAACCUCAUCUCUGGGAUUCAAUUUGUGGAUGGAGAAUUGGAUACAGGGACCGUGGAGAAAAUAUUUCUUAAUGGAAUGAGCUCUGAUGGUAAUGUAGAGAUACUUGAUAUAAAGCACUGUAAUGAUACUGCAAUGCAAUCUCAAUUAGAGCUUUUCAAUAAGCAAAUAGAAAUGACCAAAUUGUACAGAGGGGAUGCCAAUGUUCGUUUUGCUUGGCUUCCUGUUUCUAAAAUAGAAUUAUCUAGCUUGAUGUAUGGCUAUGGCAUCGGGAAUGGUGGAAUUUCCUCAAUCAAAUCCAUAUAUGGAACCGGUGUUCACCUCACAGCUGUCAAUUUCUCGAAUGUCAGUGCAAAUCAUUGUGAUAUUGAUGAUGACGGAGUGCAGCAUCUGGUAUUUUGCCGUGUAAUAAUGGGAAACAUGGAACUUCUUCAUCCUGGAAGCAGACAAUUUCAUCCAAGUAGCAAGGAUUUUGACAGUGGAGUUGACGACCUUACAAAACCAACAUAUUACGUUGUAUGGAGAAUGAACAUGAACUCCCACAUCUAUCCUGAAUCCAUUGUCAGGUUUAGGGUUGCUUCCAGUCCAAAAGUUGACAGCCAUACUAAUUGUGAUGUUUCGGGGAUGACUGCAUCUUGUCAAGGGUCUCAUGACCAAAUACAGUUUCAGUCCUCUGUAGUGAAUGUGGAUAGCGAUGGUCGACCUUUAGAUGUUGGGAGAUCUCAUGAAAGAGCAGCUAGUGUAGGUUCCAGCCCCCUGAAAAUGCCCAAGUCUCCAUGGAUGCCUUUCUCCAUGCUGUUUGCUGCUAUCUCUAAUAAAGUUUCUUCUAAAGACAUGGAACUUGUUAAUAUUCAAUACGAACAAUUCAGGGCCAAGAAGAUGAAUCGUGAUGAGUUUGUAAGACAGCUGAGACUGAUAGUUGGAGAUUCUUUGUUGAGGACUACUAUAACAAGUCUUUGCAAGGCGCCACUGAAAUCAUCCUAGUCCAUAACGCAAGGACCCGAAGCAAUGUGGAAAGAAAGUACUUUCAAUGGUACUGGUGAUGGUGUGAUGCUUUUGUUAGAAUGCGUCGACAUAAAAUUGUGAAAAUGCUGAUGGUUUCGAAGGAAUUUAUAUUUAGGCAUUUGUAGACUCCAAAACUUUCAUUUUGCUGCUCAUUUGAGCUCAAGAAGAUUUUUACUCUUUUUAUUGUUGUCAGGAUUGCUGGGUUUUCUAUUUUGUUGACACUCUUCUAUAUUUACUGUAUUUCGCCUUUUAUAAUAAGAUAUAGACGUAUGUAAUGAUGUGUCUAAUGCUGGUUAUUUAUCA